AUGGCGACGAACAGUAUUACAAAUGGUACCGCUAAACGCGCAAUUCGCAUCGGUGGAGCAUCCGGCGGCUUCACCGACCGCGUACGCGCCAUAUCGCGCCUGGCAUCUGAUCCAUCUGUCGAUGCCCUCGUAGGAGACUGGCUUUCCGAAAAUGUAAUGACUGGCUAUGGCGCAGGCAAAGAAGCCCGCCGGAAACUCGAAAAAGAGCGAGGUUCUUCUUUCUCGUUCGAGGAGAAGCGCCAAAAUGCACACUUUGCAUCUACGUUCCUGCAGUGCUUUGAGCCCGCGAUAGGAACGCUCAAGAAAAACGGAGCGAAGUUGGUGGUCAAUGCGGGCGCGAACGAUACGGAGGUUCUCGCUGAGGUGGUGCGUAGGCUAUGUGUGGAGAGGGAAGGGUGGGAGGCGAAGGUUGCGUGGGUAGAGGGCGAUGAGGUGACGGAUCAAUUCAAAGAUAUGGCGGCACGAGGGCAUGUUUUCAAGAACCUUGGUGAUGGGCGCACGCUAGAAGAAUGGGGUCAUAAGCCGUUGUGUGCGCAGGCGUACUUGGGAAGUCUGGGCAUUAGCGAGGCGUUGAAGCAGGGCGCGGAUAUCGUUAUCUGCGGGAGAGUCAGUGACGCGGCACCUACGAUAGGGUUGAGCGCGUGGUGGCAUGGCUGGAAGAAUGAUGAUUGGGAUCAGCUGGCGGGUGCGUUGAUUGCGGGCCAUCUAAUCGAAUGCAGUGCAUUUAUUACGGGAGGGUAUUACAGCGGCUUUAAGGAUCUCAUGAAGUCAGGAAAACAUCUCAACUUAGGGUUCCCGAUCGCGGAAGUCGAAGCAUCAGGGAAUUGCGUGAUAGCGAAAGAAUCUAACACGGGCGGCAUGGUGAACACCGAGACCGUAACGUCCCAGCUCGUCUACGAGAUCUCCGGUCCUCUCUACCUCAAUUCGGACGUUGUCGCCAACCUCGAAAACGUGUCUCUGACACAGCUCAACAGCGACCGCGUGCGCGUCUCGGGCAUCACGGGACUGCCUCCUCCAGCUACGACUCGCGUCGGUGUCACUGCGCACGGGGGAUAUCAAGCUGAGUGGCAUUUCUACCUGGUGGGGUUGGACAUGCAAGAGAAGGUUCGCUGGAUGGAAGAGCAAGCAAGAUAUGCGAUUGGCGAGGAGAUCAUGAGCAAGUUCACCUGCUUGAGAUUCCAGUUGCUAGGUUAUACAGGAGAGGGUGUAGGCGUGGGAACACAGGACUGGAAUACGGCGGACUUGAGAAUUUUUGCUCAAGGGCUGAGGAAGGAGUUGUUUGAUGGCAGUGAUCCUGACGGAUUUGCGAGGAAGCUUUAUGAGACGGUGUUGCAGAGCUGCCCGGUGAGUAUCUUAAUUACGCAUGCGAUGCGGGACUCUACUAAUAGGUGGAAAUAG